AUGUCAUCAUCAUCAUCAUCGGAUAAUAAUCUUUCGAAAUCAUUCGAACCAGCAUCUAUAAAUAAUGCCAUUUCCUUUUCAUCAAAAGUUAAUUCAAAUUCAACAUUUGAUAAAAUAUCAUCAUCAUCAAAAGUAAAUAAACGUUAUUCGUCAAAAUUUAAAAAAGAAUGGCUAUCUUGUCCUAAAUUUUCUACAUUUCUACGUGAAUGUAAAACUGAUCCAAAAAAAGCUUUAUGUAUUACUUGUAAUGUCAAAUUUUCUAUUCAAAACAGCGGAAUAGGUGAUAUAAAUUAUCAUAUUCAAACAAAAAAACAUAAAGAACAUACAAAAUCGGCUGAAACUAAUCUAUCACCAAGAAUUGAUCUAACAUAUAAUAUAACAACAACCGAACUCAAUCGAUUGUCUGCCGUUGAAGGUGCUAUGGUAUUUCAUACAGUUAAACAUUCACACAGUUACAUUUCUCAAGCAUGUACGAUCAAUAUGAUUAGAAAAUGUUUGCCUGAUUCAUCUUUAGCAAAAAACAUUACUUGUGAUAAAACUAAAGCUCGUGAAAUAGCAUGCAAUGUACUUGCGCCAUCACUCACACAUUCUAUUGUUAUUGAACUCCGAAAUGUUUCAUUUUUCUCGGUUUGUCAUGACGCCUCAAACAAAGGAACUGUCAAGAUGCUACCAAUUGUUGUUCAAUUUUUUUCAAAAACCGGCGUAAAACAUGGUGUUCUAGACUUUAUUGAGCAGCAACAUGAAUCAGCUGAUGCAUUAUUUGCUAAUAUAAAAUAUGUAUUAGAAGCAAAUGAAUUAAAACUUAAUCAAUUAGUUUCAAUUGGAUCUGAUAACACCAACGUAAAUGUCGGCAAUCACCACAGUGUAUUUGCUUUAUUCGAAAAGCUCUCACCUGGUUUAAUAAAAGGAACUUGUUAUUCGCACGUUCUUCAUAAUUCUGUAAAACAUGGAAACCAACAUUUGUUAUUUGACAUUGAAACAACAAUACUAAAAAUAUAUUCUCAUUUUUGCAGAUCAUCCGUUCGUGUUCAACAGUUAGCGAACUAUUUUGAUUUUAUUGAACAAGAGCAAAAAGUAAUACUUAAACAUAUUAAAAUAAGAUGGUUGAGUCUUUUAAAAUCUAUUGAACGUCUCAUUGCAAUUCAUCCAGUUGUUAAAAGUUAUUUUUUGAAUCUGGAUAUUGAAGAAUGUCCACAGUUAUUGUUAGAAUUCUUUACAUCGCAUAAAGGUGACUGUACGUUGUACUUUUUGGCAAGCGUUUUACCAGACGUACAAAAUGCAAAUUUGAUAUUACAACGUGAAUAUACAACUGGAGUUAAUAUACAUGACAUUAUCACAAAUUUACUUCUAUUUAUUCGUUCAAUUAUUGAUUAUAUUGAGAAAUAUUACAAUGACUAUAAAUCAUUUUAUCAAUCAAUUUCUGUUUUCGCUGAAGUCGAUAUUGAAAAAAUCGACUGGCGCAGCAUUCAAAAAUGUUCUGCUUUUAUUGUUAAUCAAUCAAUUGAUCAAGAUAAUUUAUAUGAUGAAUUUAACUAUAUUAAAUCUAAGUAUAUCAAUUUGAAAGGAAAGUUCGGUGGAAUUAGUAAUCAAGUGCAAUCAUUUAUUUUAUUAAAUCAAGGUUCAUCAAAAUAUAAUGGAAUAUCAAUUAAUCAUGAAACAAAUCUAUGCGAUGAUUAUGAUUCUAUUCUAGAUAAUCUAGAUAAUACUGAUAUCGAUGAUGAUGAUGAUGAAGCCGAUGCGAAAAUUUAUAAACAUAAAAAAACAAAUAGUUUAACUAGAAGUGAUCAUGCGUGGGCAUUUUUACUCGACGGUGAAUGUGUACCCAAUUUAAAAAAAUUGGUUGAGUUUGUAUUUGCUAUCCCUGGAUCGAAUGCCUUUUGCGAGACAGUAUUUAGCCAUAUGAACUACCUUUGGAAUAGCAGUAGAAACAGAAUGAAACAUGAUUUAGUUGGAGCUGAGUUGAAAAUUAAAAUGAAUACUCAUUUUACUUGCACAGAGUUUUACGAUUUUCUUUUAACUAAACCAGAUAUAUUGAAACAGAUUCGAUCGUCAGAUAAAUACAGCCAUGUUGCAAAAGUUCCACGUAUUGCUUAG